CGGGUGAAGAUUAUGACAAAUUUCUGACUCUGUUUGAAAUGUUUUACCCUCGCAUGAUAUAUGUAGGAUGGUUUUACACGACAGGUUGUAUUGACUCUAGGAUGAAAAGAUAAAGAAUGAAAUAAUCAAGAUGUACUGAUUACUUCAAGUAUCUGGGAUGGAAUGUCAGUACCAAUAGAUUGAUUUUAGAUGAAACUUCAGCAUACAAAGACACGUUUGGUACAUGCCGAUUUCCAACAUAUAUAGAAGACUCAAGGUAUCUGGCUAUCCAUCAUAGCCAUAUGCGUAUUAUGCUUCGAUUUUUUUGUUUAUGUGAGACAUUACCAUGGAUAUGUUCAUUCACUUCGGAAUCUCUAGGUGUAACGUUAUGGCAAGUUAUACUGUUUUUAGAAGUAUGGUAUUAGUAGAUAAAGAAGGUAAGUCAGUAGACGAGGUUGUGAAUAGUUAUUAGUUGAAAUGUAUGACUGGAAUUUUCCUGCACAUGUUGUACUAAACAAUGUUUGCUGAAGUAUGUAGAAUAAGGUUGGAAAAAGUUAAAAGUGUUGAGAGCAAAAUAACUUAAUAAUUCAUGCAAACUUUAACUAUAACAAUUCUGAGGCAUUUAAUCAGGUAUAAUUUUUCUGGUUGGGAAUUUUUCAAGAUCUGAUGAAUCAAAGGGUGGAUAAUUGUUAUGACGGAGUAUUACUGAUUUUUAAGUCCGGCUAACUUCACUGGAAUGUGCCUGCCUCAAAAACAUGACACUUUAUCCAACUGACCACUUGACAAAUAAUUCCCACACUGAGAUAGACACAGCCAGACUGGGAAAAACGACGACCUAAAUGAUAACCUUUAUUAGACAAAAUACGUGGUGUUUAUAUUUACAAACCCUCAGAAAUUUAAGCCACAAAUAAAUAAAAAAAUCCGAUCGGUUUUAUAACAUCGCAGUAUUCAUUAAAUUAUUUCAUAAAUAAACGUAUCAAAACUUUUCAAUCAAGUUAUCGUAUCAUUACAUACGUAAAUCACGACUUGACGGCUGACAAAGUAGCUCGCCCGUCCUACUAGGAGUAAGAAGAGUCAGAUUUGUUCACAAUGAAACCUUUUCGAAAUCCUAAACAUUUUAGCAAAUAUAUCUGAUGACUGUGGUAAUUACUUUUUAUUGUUUUAAUUCUAGAUUACGUACACAUAUAUAUAAUACAUAUACACAUGAAAUGUAUGUACAUAAUGUAUAUAGUUGCAUACUCAAAUAAAUUGUGGGAGUUUACUGUCGUCGUGUUGUUUUUGUUUUUUUGUAGAAAAAAACUUUUUCUGUGCUACUUCUAUCUUAAUAACAAUUACUCUUAAUAUUUAAUGAAUGAAUAUCAUGCUGUAGUCACGAGUGCUAAUUUACAACAAUAUUGAUUACGAGAUAAUAAAAUGUAAUCACAAGGCUUUACAAUCUCUAAAUAAUAAUGCUAAUAUAAUAUGUUGUAUCAAUCCAGUAAUGGUAUAUGUAUGUGUAUUUGUGCUUCACUUGUUUACAAUAGUAUUCCUUCAUUGAGAUAUCUUUGAAUAGUAGCAUAGAAGGGGUCGAAGUAAGGCAAGCUAUUGAAUCCUCUUAGAACAAUAAGACAUUGGAUAUUUAAUCUUUCUGCACUACAGUAUUUUGCUGACUAAUUUCAGUACUAUUUGUUUUUGUUUUUGUAGCUUUACAAUAUUCCAUGAAUUAGUUUUAUUUUCAAGGAUUUGAGUGGUUUUAAUUUUGAUCACGGAUUGGUGUCAGUUACAGAACCAGGGAGUACUGAACUCUUCUGUAGUACGCACCCAUAACCCCCACCUAUUAGGGACCGAACCCAGCAUCUUUCGGUUGCGAAGCGAGCUCGUUGAUGAUUCAGUAACACGGAAGGGACCCAAUGGUCCACGAAUUUAAACUUCUGUCAAUCGUCUGUUUGUAGCGCCACCACCAGCCAAUAUUAUUGGGGAGCAUGUGUUCUCAAAUAAUUUUAGCUGUUUUCCUCUUUUCGAACGUAUUACUCCAUUUUUAUAUAUUUCAGUGUAUAUGAUCACUUUAUUUGAUUAUUGUUUGUCUUAAUGGAACAUCUGUUGAUAAAAACUAUUGAAGUUAUUUUAAUAUCACUCCAAUAAUGUGUUGUAUGCUGACUGAUGUUCGUUUGACAGGUGAUAACUAGCAGUGUUGGAAUGCGACAUAUAUUUUGUCAUAUUUCCGACUAGUUAACCACAGUUUGGUGUUUGAAAUGGUGGAUACUGGCUUCAAUUCUCAGUGAGGAUACCACCACUCAAUGGAGAUUGCAGCUACAUUCAGAUGAUCAGUGUCAAACUAGGAUAAGAUUUGAAUCCUCCAUUCCACCGCUAGUCACCAUCUAUCAAACAACAUCAUGUUCAUCCUUAGGCGGCCUCGCACUAGGAGCUGACAUGUCAACAGAGAUUGAAUAUUUCGGUUUAGUGAAACCAUUUGACAGGAAAGUUAUUCUUAUUAAUUGUGUCCAGGUCAAUCGGUAAGUUGUUUGUCUGGAUUGCUGUUCUCAACAUGUGCUCAGCCUCAAAAACAAAAGUACGAAAAUAUUUUUUUAAAAUAUACUUCAAUAUGUUAUCUCUUUAAAGUAAUUAUUCGACUACUUUUCAUAUAGAAUUCUACACUAGGGAAAAGUAAACAUUUUUAAUUGAAUGUAUCCAGUUGGACAAGUAAUUACAUUUUAUGAUACAAUCUAUACACGAGGGAACACUUGGACUCAACUGUAGAAAUUGAAAACGGAUUAUGUAAAGGAAUAAAAACAGUGGACAGGAGAGUUGUUUUGUCAGGGUUUUGAAUUCUUCACCUGUGUCGGUGGUUGAAGGGUUCGAGUACUAGCCAACCACGCCUUAUCUGUUUCCGGCUCGAUUCCUGGUCGGCACCCUACUAAACCUCGCCUAGAUACGUGGUAAGCCCGGAAAACUGGGUAUGUUGGGUGUGCGAAAGGGAACACAACAACCUCACGCUGUAAAAACAUCACCACCGCUAUUGAAACUUCAAAGCUUACAGCUUGUAGCCCUAUGUUCCACUAGGAGUGCAAAUAAAUGAAAAAAUGACUGGAUGAAGUUCAAAGCCUUCUAUGAAGAUGCAUCGUUUUAAUCCAUUUAUCUUGGAAAUUUAUAUUUAGCACGAAGCCAAAGUAAAAAUAGAAUAGGCUUUACUAACUAACCUCUUGAGCUGUACUUUCUUCUGCAUGUGAAUGAUUCACUUCCGUCCAUCUCUUUUUGUUGUUUUUCUUCUCUCAGCAAAUAAAAUCUGAUGGAGGUUCUUCUUGGUCGUCCAAAAGGAAGUAAAUCAAGGCAGGAGAAAACUGCAUCGUCAUCAUUGCCUAUCUUACCAAAAGCAGCCCUCCCUUUUCCAAUUAUACUGAAGGAAGAUCUUCAACAGUCAAAACACCAUGUCGGUGGUGUUCGUUUGUUUAAGCAGUAUCGAUUUCAAGCAGUCCUCUUGGAUUCUGCAAAGACACUAGUCACUAAUGCUGAACAGAUUAAAAUACUUCAGAAAAGAGGCUGUUACGGUACCGGUAAACGUGAGGAAUCCGACAUUAUGCAUAAAAUCAAGAUGUCCAACACCAGAGAUUAUGAUACAGACGACGAUGAUGAUGAUGAUGAUGAUUGCAACGAUGAAAGUGGGAAUACAUCAGACACAGAUAGUCCACUUGACAGUAAUUUCUUCAGUACUUAUUCUAAAACAAAUGAAACUAUUCUCAAAAAAGCAGAUGUAACACAGUUAGUUUUAAGUGAUGUCGAAACAUUAUUUCUGUUACAUGGACUUGGUUGUCUAGAUGUCUACCUGCCAACUGAUGCCAGCUUACAGUCAAAUGCAAGUACUGAAACUCAACCUUUGAAACCAUUAUCUCUGGUAUUACUCUGGUUACAUCUGUGUACAGGAUCCAUUGAUAUACCCUGUUUACAAAUACAAACAGCUCGUGAUCAAAUUGAAAAAUAUUCAGAAAGAGAAAUAAAUUUAUUACGUCGUUAUGCUGUGUACAUAUAUUACAGAUCUAAAGGUUGGAUUGUACGUUCAGGUGCAUGUGUAGGCGGUGCUGAUUAUCUUCUUUAUGCUGAAUCUCCUGACCUUAGACAUGCUGCAUUUUGUGUUCUAGUAGAUUCUAGUGAUUCAAAAGCUACUACAGAUAAAGAACAAAUGAAUUGUGCUAGUGUAGCAGCACAUGUUCGUGUCGCACAUGCAAUUGGCAAAAAAGUGAUACUUUGUCGUGUAUGUCUUCCACCGAUUGAGAAUUUCAUUGACAAUCCAUGGGAAGCUGUGCUUAAAUCAAUGAUCAAGGAAACUUUGAUUGAUUACUGGAAACCAAAUGCGAAAUAA